AUGCCUCCAAAAACUGGAGAAUCUAUAAAGAAAGAUGAUCAACCCCUGGAACAAAAAAAGGCCACCCCAGAUCCUGAGGAACUGGAAGCUUAUCAGGAGUAUUUAGCUUCCAAAGAAGAAAACACACCUGCCAGUCCAGAUCCUGAGGAACUGGAAGCCUAUCAGGCGUACUUAGAUUCCCAAGUGCAAGACGUGCCAGAAAGACGCUUCUGUAGCGCUGAACCUGAGGAGGUGGAGGCAGUCAUUGACUACCUCAAGUCCGAGAUGGGUCCUUCGUUGGACGAGCACAUAUCUGAAAGCGGCAGCUAUGACUCUGUUAAAAACCCAGAAGGACGUCUCUUCUAUACCCUUGGUGAUUACUGCAGGGGCGAUGUGCCUGAGGAUAGAUUGCGGGAAAGAUUGCUCUGGGUUCAGGAGGAAAGGAAGAGAAUCCGCGAAAGAAUGCGCAGGGUUGAGAAGGAAAGGGAUCCUGAGGGAACUGAAGCGCAAUGA